AUGGCAGGCCUCUUCACCUGGCUAUGGGACUGGCUCUUGUGGGUGUUCUGGGCCACCGAGAUGGACGUGACGAUAGUCGGUCUGCAGAACGCUGGCAAGACAAGUCUGGUGAGAGUACUAGCAGGCAACGAAUUCGCGGUGGACUCGCUACCCACGGUCGCUUUCAAUAAGAAAGAAGUGAAAAAGGGUCACGUUUCGAUCAAAUGCUGGGAUCUUGGAGGUCAGCCACGGUUUCGAUCCAUGUGGGAGAGGUAUUGUCGAGGGGUCAACGCGAUUAUCUUUGUUGUCGAUGCUGCCGACAGAGACGCCAUCCCCGUGGCGAAAGAAGAGCUUCACGCCCUCCUCGACAAGCCCACUCUCCAAAGCAUACCUUUGCUCGUCCUGGGCAACAAAUCAGACCUACCCGACAAGUUAUCGGUAGACGAACUCAUCGAUCAGCUUGAAAUGAAGAGAAUUGUGCACCGAGAGAUCAGUUGUUACGGGGUCAGUGCCAAAGAAGAGACCAACUUGGAAGCCGUCCUACAAUGGCUUGUUGCACGGUCAGGAAAGUGA